GUAUUUGUCUAUCAGUUUCACAGUUGCGUAGUAAGCCAGCCAGCUAUUGCCACUCAACUGCUAGCUAAUUGUAGCUGACAAUUCAGACGAUUUCAGACAGUAGACAUAAUUUGUGUGUUUAGCUAUCGAUGAGAGGAAAUUCUCUAAGAGGGACAGAGCGGACGUUGUGUUUAUUAAGGCACUUGAUCCCACGGGGUAUUUUGUCUCCUGUCUGGAACCCGAAGAUGCAGUCCAGGCUGUGGAUGUGAGAGAGGCCGGAGAACACCCCCGUCACUCAUUUUAAAAGGUACUGACCGCCAAUGCCGCGCUCGUGGAUGAAGAGCAGCGAGUGGAACCACACGGUACUGUCUAUCCCAUAAUGCCAUCGUCCAUGCGAAAAGGAGCAGUGAAGGACCCCGAGCUCGCCGACCUCUUCUUCAAAGAUGACCCCGAGGAGGUCUUCUGCGACCUGCAUGAGAUCGGCCAUGGGAGCUUCGGCGCAGUGUACUUCGCCCGGAACUCCUACUCUAAUGAGGUGGUGGCCAUCAAGAAGAUGUCCUACAACGGCAAGCAGACUACGGAGAAAUGGCAGGACAUCAUCAAGGAGGUCAAAUUUUUGGAACAGCUGCGACACCCCAACACCAUCGAAUACAAAGGCUGCUACUUGAAAGACAACACUGCCUGGUUGGUGAUGGAGUAUUGCCUGGGCUCUGCUUCUGAUUUAUUAGAGGUACACAAGAAACCCCUCCAAGAGGUUGAAAUUGCUGCCAUUACCCAUGGUGCCUUGCAAGGACUUGCUUACCUGCAUUCCCAUAACAUGAUUCACAGAGAUGUGAAAGCUGGAAAUAUCCUCCUGACCGAGCCGGGUCAGGUCAAACUGGCCGACUUCGGAUCCGCCUCCAUAGCCUCUCCUGCCAACUCCUUCGUGGGUACACCUUAUUGGAUGGCCCCGGAGGUGAUUCUCGCUAUGGAUGAGGGCCAGUACGAGGGGAAAGUAGAUAUCUGGUCGCUUGGGAUCACCUGUAUUGAGCUUGCGGAGCGCAAGCCCCCCCUGUUCAACAUGAACGCAAUGAGUGCCUUAUACCACAUCGCCCAGAACGACUCCCCCACCCUCCAGACCAACGAGUGGUCGGACCCGUUCCGGAGCUUCGUUGACUACUGCCUGCUGAAGAUUCCCCAGGACAGACCCUCCUCAGCUGAGCUCCUGAGGCAUGAGUUUGUCCGGAGAGAGCGCCCCACCAGGGUCCUCAUCGAGCUCAUCCAGAGGACCAAGGAUGCAGUGCGAGAGCUGGACAACCUGCAGUACCGCAAGAUGAAGAAGAUCCUGUACCAGGAGAAGCACAACGGACCAAUGGGAGAGUCCCAGGAGGAGGAGGAGGACAGCGAGCCCGCCAGCUGUAAGAUGAACAGCCUGGGCAGUAACCAGUCCAUCCCCAGCACGUCCGUGAGCACGGGCAGCCAGAGCAGCAGUGUCAACAGCAUGCAGGAGGUGCUGGACGAGAGCAGCUCCGACAUGACCAUGAUGCACCAGUACGACAGCACGCUCGAGUCCUCCGCCGUGCCCAAAAAGGAUCAUGCCUUCAUAAGGGAUGAGGCGGCUCACCGGGACCCCAGGCCCGAGCCGCGGCCUGCUUCCUCCGACAAGAGCCAGGCGCACAACUACAAGAACCGAGAGCGAUUCGCCACCAUCAAAUCAGCGUCUUUGGUUACGAGGCAAAUCCACGAGCAUGAACAGGAAAACGAGCUUCGGGAACAGAUGUCGGGCUACAAGCGGAUGCGGCGGCAGCACCAGAAGCAGCUGAUCGCCCUGGAGAACAAGCUGAAGGCCGAGAUGGACGAGCACAGGCUCCGGCUGCAGAAAGAGGUGGAGACGCAGGCCAACAACGCCUACAUCGAACUGGAGAAACUCGCCAAGAAGCACGCCAUCUACACGGAGAAAGAGAUGAAGACUACGUCAACAGAUGAGAAGAAGUUCCAGCAGCAGAUCAUGGCCCAGCAGAAGAAGGAACUGACCACCUUCUUGGAUACCCAGAAGAAACAGUACAAACUCUGCAAGGAAAAGAUAAAAGAGGAGAUGAACGAGGACCCCACCACACCCAAGAAGGAGAAGCAGGAGCGGCUCUCCAAACACAAGGAGAACAUGCAGCACUCCCAGGCGGAGGAGGAGGCCCAGCUCCUCGGCCAGCAGAGGAUCUACUAUGACAGGAACUGCCGAGGCUUCAAGCGCAAGAUCAUGGUCAAGAGGCACGAGUUUGAACAGGAACAACUGCGAGAGGAGCUGAACAAGAAGAAGACGCAGAAGGAGAUGGAGCACGCCAUGCUGAUCCGCCACGACGAGUCCACCCAGGAGCUGGAGCAGCGGCAGCUGAAGACCCUGCAGAAGCUGCGCAUGGACCUGAUCCGGCUGCAGCACCAGACCGAGCUGGAGAACCAGAUCGAGUACAACAACCGGCGGGAGCGGGAGCUGCACAGGAAGCACGUCAUGGAGCUCCGGCAGCAGCCCAAGAACCUGAAGGCCAUGGAGAUGCAGAUUAAGAAGCAGUUCCAGGACACCUGCAAGGUGCAGACAAAGCAGUACAAAGCGCUGAGGAACCACCAGCUGGAGGUGUCUCCCAAGAGCGAGCACAAGACCAUCCUGAAGGCUCUGAAGGAGGAGCAGACCCGCAAGCUGGCCAUCCUGGCUGAGCAGUAUGAGCAGAGCAUCAACGAGAUGAUGGCCUCACAGGCGCUGAGGCUGGACGAGGCCCAGGAAGCCGAGUGCCAGGCUCUCAGGCACCAGCUCCAGCAGGAGAUGGAGCUGCUGAACGCGUACCAGAGCAAGAUCAAGAUGCAGACGGAGUCUCAGCACGAGCGCGAGCUGCAGAAGCUGGAGCAGAAGGUGUCCCUGCGCCGGGCCCAUCUCGAACAAAAGAUUGAAGAGGAGCUGGCUUCACUUCAAAAAGAACGCACUGAGAGGAUCAAGCAUCUGCUGGAGCGACAGGAGAGAGAGGUCGACACUUUCGACACGGAGAGCGUUCGGCUGGGUUUCGGAAACCUGGGUGCUUUAGACUACCCCAAGGAGGACUAUAGAUGAAAGGAGAUUUUUUUUUGCCAUAACACCUUGUCCACUUCUCCUUAAAGACGAGCCCUUUUGCUACUGACGCCACUUUUGGCCUAGUGCCUGUGCUGUCCACAACUGUCAGGGGCACUCGUCCCUUUCACAUUACAAGAUAAAAUGCUGGAUGACUCUUGGUGGUCUUUUAAAAACAAAAUGUCACAGUAUUGAUGUUUCUUGUGCAAUGAUAACUUUUUGGUGAAACUGAAAACAAACACAAAAAAAAAAUACAAAAAAACAAAACAAAACAAAAAAAAAUGUACACAACCAGUGGAUGUACGUUGCUUAAGGACCAUGCAUUAGAGAUGAUUUGUCAGGCUGUGAAGAAAGGAAAACUUUAAAAAGACAUUCUCCUGCAGCCUUAUAUUAUACACUGCUUCUCUCUUUUUGGUAUUUAUUCAUCAGGAAAAUUUUAUUAAGAUUGAGCAAUUUGAUACGUUUAAAUAUGAACUCAUACGAUGUACAUAUUGGUAGUUGUGUACGUUACUUUGGAGAAAAUGUGAUUAUAGAUUGCAGCCGAAGGGCGAAUAUGCCCUUGGUGUUAACUGUACCAUAAUCAUUUUCUGCAGUGGCAGAUGAUGUGAAUUACCGUAUGUGAUUCCCAGUAUCCCAGCAGCACACAGGGCUUGGGACGGUCAUGUAUUUUGUGUAUAGAAGGAUUUAUGGAGAGCUUUUACUUAUUUUCAUAUUGUAUUUUAACUGGUCCUCAAAUCAAUUUUUUAAAUGAUGAUUUUUUUUCUCCCCUUUGUUCAGUAUUUGGAGUUUAAUUGGUCAGUGGGAUCUAUUUGAACUUCCAUCUAGAUCAUUAUUAUUGCUUUAACCACACUUAAAGCUGUGUAUUUUCUUACGAUAAAUCAGAAAAAAAUCAGUAAAAUGCUUUAUUAUUGCAUGCACUUUAAAAGAUUUUUCAGGUUAAGAAAAGCAUGAAUCUGUCAGAGCUUUUAAUUAUAUUUGUAAAUAAAAGUGCUCAUCACA